UGGGUUUGAAAAAAAAUAUCGUACGGUUUAAUUAAAUUCGGUGUCCUUUUAAGCGAUUUUCUAAUCCAGCACUUGCGUCUUAAUUGAAAAGGACAGUAAAAGAACAACAGCUACUUUAUCUGGCAAAUCAUAAAACUGGUCCGGGUUUUAUAGGAACUGGUCCCAAAAUCAUAAAGGGGCAGCUCGGUGACGGUGAAGAUGGAGACGCAGUAACAACUGUGAUUCCCACCAACAUGGAAAUGCCCUUUAUAAGUUUUCAACCAGCUUCAGAUCUGUUUCAGCUUCUCCCUAUUCUUCAUCCUUUGAUCGUUUAACUGAUUCUAAGCUCCCAAAAACACCAACCAAAGAGAGAAGAAGAUGCCUAGGCCUGGUCCAAGACCUUACGAGUGUGUGAAACGAGCUUGGCAUAGCGAUCGUCACCAACCCAUUCGAGGUUCCAUCAUCCGCCAGAUCUUCAGACUUGCCAUGGAAGCACACAGUGCGGCUACGAAGAAGAACAAAGAGUGGCAGGAGAAGUUGCCUGUUGUUGUCUUGAAAGCCGAAGAAAUCAUGUACUCUAAAGCCAACUCCGAGGAAGAGUAUACAGAUGCUGAUACUAUAUGGAAUAGAGUCAAUGAUGCCAUUGACACCAUUAUUAGAAGAGACGAAAGCACUGAAACUGGCCCUCUUUUGCCUCCUUGUGUUGAAGCUGCCCUUAACCUUGGGUGCAUUGCUGUAAAAGCUUCUAGAAGCCAACGACAUAGUAACGUACGGACUUACCUCUGUCCAAAAUUCCAACAACCUGUUUCUGCAUCCACUAAUGAGCCUCAAUACCAUCAUCAAGCUCAAAAGUCCAACAAGCCAAGCCCUACCGCCCAACCUGCAAUCCCAGUGGAUGUUCUUGAUGACAGCAACAACCGAGGACCACCGUUUCUACAUGAAUCCAUGCAAAUGCAUCAAAAGCCAUUGGCUAGAAAACUAGGGACUAUCACUGAUACUCCAGCUCCAUCACCAUCGCCAAUCAACUUGGGUUCGGUGUAUCCUUUGUAUUACGGAGGUAAUAAUCAGACUCAGCAAGUGGACAUGUCUUCAAGAGUCCCUAUAACCAUUGGGAUGCCUAUUAGUAUUAAGGCACCGGAAGAAAGAACAGAGAGGUUCUGUGAUUUGUCUUUGAGGCUUGGUGUAUCUUCAGAUCCACCCUCCACAAGAAUAGAUGCCGGGGCUAGUCGGUCGUACCGAGGAAGAAACCAAGAAGAGUUGUGUUUAUUCCCUGAGGUGAAGAAGAAACAUGAUUCGUUUUCAAAUUACCAAGGACAGCAUUCAGAUUCGAGAGUUAAAAAGCACAAAACAUUUUGUGGAGACUUCCUCUAGGGAUUUUGCUCAAAUCUUAUCGACUCUCUAGAUCGAUUAUCAAGUCUACUCUGUUAACAUCAAUAUAGGCAAUACGGAUAAGAAAAUUUCUUCACCAGUUUGGCUUUUGUUAGUACAAAUCUCUUUCAACACAUAUCACAAAUUCAAAGUCAUUCUUCAGAGUGAUACACUUGGGGCCAGACCAAGAAAGGUUUUACAAUGGAUUAUACAACUCCAACUACUUCCAUUAAGAGUAAACAAUGUAGAUACCCAAUACAAAGAGAACAAAGUAAAAACCAUAAUUCUAGAAAUAAGUUUUUGAACGGGGUCAUUUGGUUUUAUCAUGUGUAAAUUACAAGCUUUGGCAAAAAGUUACUAAGCAAACACAAUUUGC